UGAUGUUCUCACACGGUCACAUUUGACAGCGGGACCAACGAAGAGCGGUAGCAGCAGCAGCAGCAUCAGCAAUGGCUAAAAGUGAUGGAAGCGCUUUCUUUAAAAGAACCAGCCUGUUUUGGAUUGUCACCGUGACACUCUCAGUGGCAUAUUUCACUUUGAUCGUGUUUGCGCCAGAAACAAUCCCAUAUCAGCACCUUGGUGCAUUUGGUACCUUCUGCAGAUACCUCGUGGAUAACUAUGCUGACCUUAUGUACAAAGGGUGGUGGGCCACGGUCGCUAUCCACCUUUACGAGGCCUACGUUGCAUUGAAGAUGUGCAGCAAGAAAGGCAUCAACGACACGACCACUCGCUGCCUGUGGUUUGGUCAGACCUUUCUGUUUGGCUUUGCCUCGCUCGGUCUGCUCCUCAAGUACGACCCCGAGCGUCCCAAACAACACUGAUGCCAGCAGGAGAAAGCCUACGGAACAACAAUAGAUGAAUCUGGAAAAUCAUUCUCUUCCUUGUUUCCUCUGCUUUUUCUUCCACCGCUUUUCUUGUCGAUAUGAGGAAGUGGGCGAGUAGAGGAAGACAUCUGAGCCUUUUCUCUUGUACUGUUUCUUUUAACAUAAGAGUACUGAAGUGAAGUCUACACUCGGGUCGCAACAGCGAUAACCAUCCCAGAAAAUAUCACAGUAUUACGCAAUUAUCAUAAUUGUUAUUGUCCUAACUGACAUGAAAUUAGAUAUAAACCUGAUAUAUUUCAUUAAUAACACUAACAAUUUUCAUACCACUGUAUCCUGGGAAACCUCUGUACUGGUGUGACCCCAGUCUAGACUACAAGUUUUCUUACUUAGUUUACACUACUGGCUGUGUUCCUGUGAUGAUAAUGCAGCGCAGUUUCAUUCCAUUCAUUUUUCUUAAUAAAUCACAGGCUACAAAGUUGCACAUUUUAUAAAAAUGACAAUAUAAGGUUUUUAUUGGUAAUGACAAUAACAGGAGCAGAGUUUUCUUGAUGAAUCUGCCCUCAGCUGGAUAUUUGGUGAACUACAGGGGGACUUUGUGUUUUACUCUCGUGACGUUCACAGUCAGCCUGGGUGAGUGGCAGUAGGAACAUUUUCUCAGCUGCUGUGAUGAACAUGACGUCAGACAGGUCAGCUGCAUAUGGUGCGCACUGCCACCACCCAAAAAGUGAAGAGUGCUGCUGAGUGCUAUUCAAAUUCACGUUUGCCUUUUCUGACACUGAUGUACUUUUAAGUUCAACUUUUUUAAACUACAGAAUGGGAGUUCCUAAUAUUAACGCUGCAAAAUAAAGAGUGACUUACAAACUGCA